AUGCCGCUCGUGGACUACUCUGAUUCCAGUUCCAAUCCUCCAAGCGAUGAGGAAGCAAAGUCAUCGUUGCAAGCCUCCGCAAGAAAGCGAAAGCACAAAGACAGUGAUACCACGCAAUACGAGUCCCUGAGGACCAAACGCAAGCACCCCUCCACCAACAAUGCAAGCACCCGAACUACAUCACCAUCUCCAUUGCCUCUACCUUCGACUGCACUCCCCACGCUCCCCUCAACCUUCCAUUCGCUCUACGCAAGCUCCGUCCGCACAAGCACCCUCGACGACCCAACUCUUCAUGCUGGCCGAACUCGGCAGACACCGCAUAUAGAAGGCAGGUACCCCUCCACAACAGAACUUCAAACCCUAUACCGCCUCAUCAACUCUACAGGAUCUGCUCCAUCCGAAUCCAUUCACACCCUCCUCCAUUCCCCGCUUGGCGCUCAAACACCCCUGCACAUCUCCCUCUCGGUACCUCUCGCAUUCCAAACGCAUGAGAAGUCCUUAUUCCUUGACUCCCUUGCGCAAUCGAUAUCCACCUCGAAUACUAAAGCCUUCACUGUCAGUAUCCAGGACAGAUUAGAUUGGGUUCCUAAUUUCGACAGUACAAGAUGGUUCCUGGCCUUACGACUUGGCCAGCCAGAAGGCGAUGAAUUGAACAAAUUGUUGAAGAUGUGUAAUGAGGUCGUAAAAGAGUUUAGACAGCCAUUACUUUAUGAGAGAUCUGAAUAUGCCGUUCGUGAGCAGGGAGCAGGAGACUCGGAGCAUGAAUCACGAGGUGGAAACGGGCCUCGAGCUGGGUCGGGCAAGAAGCGAAGAGCAUCGGUAGCAAAAGCAAUAAGGGCAGCGACCGCCGCAGUGCCAGACAGGUCCGGCUGCUUUCACAUUAGCAUUGCCUGGACGUUGCAAGAUCGUGGAGGGACUGGAAACGGCGGUAGCAGCGGUAUGGGCCGCACCAACCUGGACAGAAAGGGUAUGGAAAUCACUUUCGAUGUUGUCAAGGUCAAGCUCGGGAAUGUGGUGCAUGACAUUCCACUUGCUCAAUCAGCUGCGGCUGUUCGUACUCGAAAUGCAAUGAGGUAA